AUGGCGGAUGGUGAAGUGUUGCGACUGACGCGUGCUGGCAGCGUGCGCCUCGAGGUCCUCGCGCGUGGUGUAAAGACGAUCGUGACGCUCACGGACGUGUAUCUGGCACCGCGACUGGCGAAGAAUAUCGUGUCGUACGGGAAGCUCGAGAGCAAAGGCUACGGACUCGUUUACGACGGCGACAAGCGGGCUCUAGCUCGACGCAGUGACGGCUUAGUCGCGUUCGACGUCGCGACCGACAGCAACGUGCUAUAUGUGGAGACGACAGCGACGAGUCGGAGGCACGGCGCCGGUGAUGCAAUCUUGGCCGCGCUCGAAGCACAUUCGGCAGAUGCAAGCGCAGACGAUGCGCACGAGGCCUCGCUGCUGCACUGGCACCAGCGGAUCGGGCACCUCGCGUUCGACACGAUCGUUCGAAUGGCGCGCGAUCCGGCCUCGGGCAUCAAGCUCAGCAGCGACAAGCGCAUGGCGUGCGUGUCGUGCAUGGAAGCGAAGUAG